GAGGAUGAAAACAAAUUACUUCAAACGUCUAUACUCCAGCACAGUAGUCUGAAGUCUUGGCCAAAGUCAUCUGAAGAGUCUGCGGCCUGUGAGGUCCGGGGCGGUCUCUUCUGUGUCAUGUGAGUUGAGUUGCUAACCUACUGAAGCUUCCUUCCUCUCUUCCCGGCUGGUGGGAGGAGAAGAAUCCUGUCAGUUUGCUCCAUAAUGGCGGACACGUGUGGCCAAGUACUUCUGGGGUCUGGAUUAACUGUCCUUUCCCAUCCCCUCAUGUACAUCAAAGUUCUAGUUCAGGUAAGAUAUAUAGAGAUUAAACAAACAUAACUGACAAAAAUGUUUUGAUCCAGCUAGCUUUACGUCGAGGCGAGGUCGGUUCUGUAACUGACAGGCUACUGUAGCUAGCUGCAACAACAGCCGUAACGACUAGCUGGCUAACUAGAACUAACGUUACAUUCCGGUGUUGAACUUUACAUACUCCACACAGCCGAUCGCUUCAAGCUGAUCUCAUGAAAAAAAUAUGGCCUAAACGGCAGUUAAUUUAUUGUUUCAAUCCGUGUGUUUCUAUAGCUAACUAGCUAGAAUUAGUACCUACGGGUUUGACGUCACGAAAAGGUCAAAGAGCUAAACUACGCUAGCUAGCGAACUAAGUGGGUUUCGACGGUUUGGUCGCAGAUAAAUAAUGACCUUGUGAUAAAAUGAUUUAUAUCUAGCGGUUUUGUGUAGAAGGGAUGCAGCUUUUUGUCAAAAUUGACUAAGUAGCAGGUUAUGAGAAUGAAAGUAAGGUUGAGAAAAGGUUUAAGGUUAGGGUUAGCUAACAGUAUCCCAUCUAGACAUUACCCUAUCUAGCCAGCUAUUAUGGUAACGAUUGCGACAUUCUCAAUACCAUGACAAUAACGACUGGCUAACGUAGCUAGCUAAGUCUCAUUCAAAACGUUCAGGACAGAAUGGGCGCCCUUUGGCCCACUCACCGAGUAACGCGAGUUAGGUAAGGUUAUAACACGACAGGGUAGUUCGCUGGAUCAUUAAUGCAUUAUGUGCGCAGUUAUCAUAAUUGUACUGUCAAAUUUCUGCAAAGAAAGUAAAAUCAAUUUUGCAUAUUGUUAAUUUAGCUAGCCCUAGCUAUAACUAACACAUAUACUGACAUUCACUGCAAUGUAUUAUGUCAUUACUCCUUUUCAGGUUGGACAUGAACCUCUCCCUCCCUCCCUUGGAAGAAACGUGUUUGGUAGACAAGUGUACCAGCUGCCAGGACUGUUUGCCUAUGGUGAGACCUGAAUUUCUGUAGCUCAGCUGGUAGAGCACGGCGCUUGUAACGCCAAGGUAGUGGGUUCGAUCCCCGGGACCACCCAUACACAAAAAUGUAUGCACGCAUGACUGUAAGUCGCUUUGGAUAAAAGCGUCUGCUAAAUGACAUAUUAUUAUUAGCAUCGGGCCGGUUGCACCAGUUAGUUGUAAGUGGGUCGUAACUCUACGUCCAACGUGAAAUGUGCUUAACGCCAGACCUGAAAAUGAUACCUGUUACACCACCUGGGCGUAAAGGGCGUAAGCCCUUCUAUGAGUUAUGCCUGACCCUAGAUUCUACGCCUAGUAGGGAGCAUGCGUGGGGUGUUAAAUUGGGACUAUCUUUCAUGAUAUGUACAGAAAAUAAUAGCAAUUUAUAUUUUCAAAAGGAUGUGAGUCUCAUGUUCAUAUUUCACAACCGCUUUUCGAGUUGCCUAUGCGCGAGUCAAUAGCAAAAUAAAACCAAAGACAUUUGUUAAGUUGGGUCAAUUCAAAUCUGGUAUUAGGAACAAAAGAGGUCAAUACACGUCUUCUAAAAUAGACUAGUAUUUUAAUUAAUGCAAACCACUUCAAUGGUAAAUAUGAUGUUCGUAUAUACGGGUCCACUGAAAUACCACGCAGGGCACUCAGAGAACUGAUCCAUUGUUCUAAGUUCUUCUUCAAAUACUCUGACAGAGAUAGUUCCCGCUCCCUGCUGGCCAAUCAGAGUAGAGACUGAGCGUGGUUUAGACUUACUCAGCCAAUCGUUGGCGCACAGGCUGGUCCCAGCUCCUUGGCGCUUUACCGUUGCACACUGUUGCCAGGCAUACGUUGUUAUCAUCACAACUUGUAGAGUCAGCACCCAUAGACACUGUUCCCCUGUACUCCUUGUACCUACGUCCUUGGACGGUUCAAAGAUCACAAAGAGGCAGUGUUCGUGUAUGUACAGUACAGUACAAACCCAUUAUGUUUAAUCAUUAAUGCAUUCCUUCUAAGCUAGGCAUCACAUCCAGUUAUGAGAAAAUAGAGCCCCACACAGUACAGUAUGAAUAUAGGCUAAAAUAGGGCUGGGUGAUAUGUCCAAAAUAUAAUAUCAGAGUAUUUAAAAACAAAAAAAUGACGGUAUUUGGCGGUAUUUUAUGUUUUUUGAAUAAUACAAGUUCAAAAUGUGCUUUAUGAGUAGUGUGUGACCCGACCCUAUGUUGGCAACACAUACAUUCUAAGUGAUUUCAAUGGGUCUUUCUCUAUUCUGAUGGUUUUAUACUGUUCAACUCAACUUCAACCCAAAAUAAUUUUCAUCAAUUUUUGCAGUUCCUGCACUCAUUUGAGAUCACUUUCACACUGCCACGUAGGGCUGCACGAUAUGUGCAAACAAUCUAGGCCAUAUUUUUAACCAAAUGUUACAAUUGCGAUUUGACUUGUGAUUUAGAGCAAAGCACUUGGGUGAACUGUUGGAAUCAUGGAAAUAGAACGAUUAUUCAAAUUCUAUAGUUAGAAUAUAAUAGUGGGAGGUUUGAAUACAGUGUUUGAUAUGACAACAAAUGAAAAUGCCAGUGAGGAGUUAUUGUGACAGGGUAGGAACCAAAGUGUUGACAAGUGUUUCCUAGGGGACCCUAUAAUAUUUGGCUACAUUGAAUGUUUUCUCUUAACUACUUAAUUUAGCUAACAUAUUGUUGCUUCGCGUUUUCCUAAUUGAUUUAGAAGAUACUGUUGCACAAAAAACAUGCAGAUUUAGGUCUACACCCCCAUAUUGUUAGGCUGUAUAGCUAGUUAGGUUUGCUCUGACUCAGUACAUUUAUUAGCUAGCUAGCGAUUAGCAUUAGCGGCUAACAAGAUUUAGGCCCAAUUUACAAAGAAAAGACAAACUAGCAGUUUGCAGAUGUAAGAAACACAAACUAAAAGUGUAAUUAUAGAACGCUAGUGGAUUUAUAUUAAGAACAACAUUGUUUCAUGUGCUGCAUUAACCAUGCAGAGACAGAAUGCAAUUGUCUUGCGGUAGAGGAACAACAAAUGCGAUCCUUGAUUGAGGGGGGGGGGGGGCUAGGUCUGUGUGGAAAGCGGCAUUUAGAGAGAGCGCAGAGAGAUGACUCAAGUAGCGAAGUAAACUAUAAAAAUUACACACAGCAUAUCACAUUUUAACAAACCAAACAUACAAAUACCAUUAUAAAAGGUAAAGUAAAAACCCAAACCGGUCCAUGCGUCAAUACCGGUAUAUCGUAAAAUAUGGUAUACCGCCCAGCCCUAGGUUAAAACUGCUUCUCCAAUAGAAAUCCUUAAUCACACUUGUCGGCGAUGUUGGCUAGCUAAGCUCAUGCAUAGAAAGACUUCAUCAGGUCUAACGAUUGUCUCGCGCCGAACUGCGCAUGUGUAAGCCGUCAAAACAAAGGCACCCCUUCCAUAUAAAGUUGUUUUUGACAAAUGAUAACGUGUCAGUUUGUCACUUUCACAAGGGGUUUGGAGUAAUAACAUGUUCAACUACUUAAGACAUUUUCUCGAAUCUAGGUUGUCUUUAUAUUUUGAGAAAAUGAACAACUAAGGAAUAAUUUUUCACUUCUCUCUGACUUCUCAAACCCCAAAUCCUGGCCUGGUCUGUUUCGCAAACGUUCCCAGAAGUCUCGUGAUGUUGAGCCUCUGGGUUUAGAAACUGUGAUAAUACACUUGAUUUAUGCUACAUUAUAGCAUGCUAAAUGUGUCUGAGCAUACAUUAGCAAACUAAUAGAUGAGCUGCUACCGCCAUUUGCCAGCCAGAGAUCAAAUAACAAAUUAUACAUACUGAGAUUCAGUUAAAUGAUAAUCAAUCAAUGUGAUUUUGUUUCAGACAAGUCCAGGGCUUUUAGUUGGGAUAUAGCCUAGGCUACUACGCAAGUGAAGAGCAAAUUAAUGGCAUUAGUCAACUUUAUUCCAGUAUUUUCAUUAUUCAGUGAUAUUCAUUUCUGAGGUAUUUAUUGAUUGAUCCAUCCAGUUGUGGUUAAGAAAAUGUGCAUGCAUACUGGUGGGCUUUGCGACGUUUAGAACUUCCAUGACAAUGGUAAUAGCCUAGUAAAGGGCGCUGCCUAGCAACCAUCAUUAUGAAGUAUCAAAUCUCAUGAACGUGCAUUGCUUACGCCUGGCUUAGCUACGACUAGUGUUAUUUUUGGUUGGUGCAGCAGGUGUAAAUUCUGAUCCCAAAGUCAGAUGUAACUACGCCGACCUAGCAUUUAUGACCAAUUUUUAUGUCUGACUGGUGCAAUCAGCCACUGUUCCUUAAUGGUACUAGUGAUUAGUGGUGCGCCGGUCAGCUGUUUGUUCACCCGCACCCGCCUGCAAUUGCUAAUAGCCCAACCAAACCAACUAUAUGUGAUAAAAUGAAAAUCUGAGGCCCUAAAAGGCGCUGCAUGGUCAAUCUGAUGUCUGCAUCGGAGAGACUGCCUCUGCAGAAGUCAGGGCAUUCAUACACUAUACAAAAGUAUGUGGACACCCCUUCAAAUUAGUGGAUUCAACUAUUUUAGCCACACCCAUUGCUGACAGGUGUAUAAAAUUGAGCACACCGCCAUGCAAUCUCCAUAGACAAACAUUGGCAGUCGAAUGGUAUUACUGAAGAUUUCAGUGACUUUCAGCGUGGCACCGUCAUAGGAUGCCACCUUUCCAACAAGUCAGUUCGUUAAGUUUCUGCUCUGCAAGAGCUGCCCCGGUCAACUGUAAGUGCUGUUAUUGUGAAGUGGAAACGUCUAGUGGUAGGCCACACAAGCUCACAGAACGGGACCGCCAAGUGCUGAAGAGCAUAAAAAUAAUUUGUCCUCGGUUGCAACACUCACUACCGAGUUCCAAACUGCCUCUGGAAGCAACGUCAACACAAGAACUGUUAGUCGGGAGCUUCAUGAAAUGGGUUUCCAUGGCAGAUCUACCGCACACAAGCCUAAGAUCACCAUGCGCAAUGCCAAGCGUCGGCUGGAGUGGUGUAAAGCUUGCCGCCAUUGGACUCUGGAGCAGUGGAAACGCCUUCUCUAGAGUGAUGAAUCACGCUUCACCAUAUGGCAGUCCGGCUGAUAAAUCUGGGUUUGGCGGAUGCCAGGAGAACGCUACCUGCCCCAAUGCAGUGCCAACUGUAAAGUUUGGUGGAGCAGGAAUAAUGGUCUGGGGCUGUUGUUCAUGUUAGUUCCAGUGAAGGGAAAUCUUAAAGCUACGGCAUACAAUGACAUUCUAGGCGAUUCGGUGCUUCCAACUUUGUGGCAUCAGUUUUGGGAAGGCCCUUUCCUGUUUCAGCAUGACAAUGCCCCCUGCACAAAGCGAGGUCCAUAUAGAACUGGUUUGUUGAGAUCAGUGUGGAAGAACUUGACUGGCCUGCACAGAGCUCUGACCUCAACCCCAUUGAACACCUUUGGGAUGAAUUGGAACGCCGACUGCGAGCCAGGCCUAAUCGCCCCACAUCAGUGCCCGCCUCACUAAUGCUCUUGUGGCUGAAUGGAUGCAAGUACCUGCAGCAAUGUUCCAACAUCUAGUGGAAAGCCUUCCCAGAAGAGUGGAGGCUGUUAUAGCAGCAAAGUGGGGACCAACUCCAUAUUAAUGCACAUGACUUUGGAAUGAGAUGUUCGACUGGCAGGUGUCCACAUAUUUUUGGUAAUGUAGUGUACUUGCGCUUCGCGGAGCAGCACAGAGCUGUUGUGAAGGAAGUUGUCAAGGAAGUGAGUUUGUGUUUAUACAGGACCUCCCGCCCCCACCUACCGUCAACCAAUCAUUUCAAUGUGGAGCAAUACGGAGCCCUCCGCCUUGUUACAAAAUUUGGGAGGCGCACGGCAAUGUGGCACGGAGCUCAAUUUAGCCUCUGCAUGCCUCCGGAGGCUCUGCAAUUGCACAUUUUCGGAUCAAGCAUAAUAUAGAAAAUACGCUGUAGACUACAGUCUGAGAUGGCAAACAAUUUUUUGACAGGGGAUGCAGGAUCUUUUUUUUGAUUUUAAGAUAUGUUGGUGCUUAUAAUUUCCGACAUUUUGGUAGGCUAUUAGUUAGUCAACUUGUCUAUAAUUAGAUACAUGCAGCUUAUCUUCUGUCAUUGAGUCUCCUGAGUGGCGCAGAGGUCUAAGGCGCUGCAUCGCAGUGCUAACUGUGCCACUAGAGAUCCUGGUUCGAAUCCAGGCUCUGUCGCAGCCGGCCGCGACCGGGAGACUCAUGGGCGGCGCACAAUUGGCCCAGCGUCGUCCAGGGUAGGGGAGGGAAUGGACGGCAGGGAUGUAGCUCAGUUGGUAGAGCAUGGCGUUUGCAACGCCAGGGUUGUGGGUUCGAUUCCCACGGGGGGCUAGUAAAAAAAAAAAAAAAAAAAAAAAAAUGUAUUGACUAACUGUAAGUCGCUCUGGAUAAGAGCGUCUGCUAAAUGACUAAAAUGUAAAUGUAAUUAUGUUGUCCUAGAAGACUAAAUAAGCCCUUGCUCACCAGAAUGACAUAAAUCGAUAGAAUGAAUGCUUCAAUUUUGUUGACAUUGGUAAAGUUUUCUGUCAUCUCUGCUUCUUUUGUGGAGCAAAGACGUUUAGGGACUGGGAAGAAAUUGCAAUAAAUAAAAUAAAAACUGGAAAGAUUUUGCUAAAUUUCCAAAUGACAUUAGUUUGACCGGUUGUAAGGAAAUAGAAAGCUGUGAAAAUGACCCAACAUGUUUCUAAUAAGAUUUCAGUUUGGCUUGAAUGCAUAUUUUAUGUGGUUGAAAUACUAUCAGCUGUUAUGAUGCUGAUAAAGAUAGCAUCUCUACAGACGGCAUCUAAAUGCGCAUUCGCAUGCUCUCAAGAUGCUGAAAGAAAGAAAUCAUAUUUCUCCACUCCUGUUCCCGAGUCAAAAUGUAUCCUACAUUUGGUUUAUCAUUUUACUGCAAGAAAUGCUUAAUUCUGUAGGAGUUAAUAUUACAGCAAUGUGAGAGGUUAUACAGUGGGGGAAAAAAGUAUUUAGUCAGCCACCAAUUGUGCAAGUUCUCCCACUUAAAAAGAUGAGAGGCCUGUAAUUUUCAUCAUAGGUACACGUCAACUAUGACAGACAAAUUGAGAAAAGAAAAUCCAGAAAAUCACAUUGUAGGAUUUGUAAUGAAUUUAUUUGCAAAUUAUGGUGUAAAAUAAGUAUUUGGUCACCUACAAACAAGCAAGAGUUCUGGCUCUCACAGACCUGUAACUUCUUCUUUAAGAGGCUCCUCUGUCCUCCACUCGUUACCUGUUUUAAUGGCACCUGUUUGAACUUGUUAUCAGUAUAAAAGACACCUCUCCACAACCUCAAACAGUCACACUCCAAACUCCACUAUGGCCAAGACCAAAGAGCUGUCAAAGGACACCAGAAACAAAAUUGUAGACCUGCACCAGGCUGGGAAGACUGAAUCUGCAAUAGGUAAGCAGCUUGGUUUGAAGAAAUCAACUGUGGGAGCAAUUAUUAGGAAAUGGAAGACAUACAAGACCACUGAUAAUCUCCCUCGAUCUGGGGCUCCACGCAAGAUCUCACCCCGUGGGGUCAAAAUGAACACAAGAACGGUGAGCAAAAAUCCCAGAACCACACGGGGGGACCUAGUGAAUGUGAAUGACCUGCAGAGUGAAUGACCUGCAGAGAGCUGGGACCAAAGUAACAAAGCCUACCAUCAGUAACACCCUACGCCGCCAGGGACUCAAAUCCUGCAGUGCCAGAUGUGUCCCUCUGCUUAAGCCAGUACAUGUCCAGGCCCGCCUGAAGUUUGCUAGAGUGCAUUUGGAUGAUCCAGAAGAGGAUUGGGAGAAUGUCAUAUGGUCAGAUGAAACCAAAAUAGAUCUCAACCCCAUAGCAUAAAUUAUAAUUUAGCCUAUAGAUAUAAAUUGCACAAGAAUGAUACAUUUGUGUUUUUUUCAAGGUAUUGUUUUCUCUUUAUUUAACCUGCCCUUCAUCCACACAAUAUUUCAUGACCCUAAACCAGCCCGCCCCGUGGAUAUAACCACCCCGUGGGUGAUGAGUCAACCUGCACAUUACUACUAGUGAUGGAUUUAAACUAGACGUAUCGUUUUAUUUUUUUUGUCAUUUUAGCAGACGCUCUUAUCCAGAGCGACUUAAAGUUAGUGAGUGCAUACAUUUUCAUACUGGCCCCCCGUGGGAAACGAACCCACAACCCAGGCGUUGCAAGCGCCAUGCUCUACCAACUGAGCUACAGGGGAUCUUGAUGUUAAACACCAGCUAGUAGGCUACCGGUAAAAAGACUGGCCUGUCCAUACCAUACAGUCUUACUAAUGAACAUGUUGAUUUUGUUUGCUGUAUUUUCCAUGUGUUUGUUCUUUGAUCCUCUCAUUUCUGUCUUUUAGCAAAGCACAUCAUAAAGAUUGACGGCAAGGCAGGUCUCUUUAAUGGCCUAGCCCCCAGGCUCUGUGCAGGGACCAUCGGCACCCUUGUACACAGCAGAGUCUUGCAGGUGGGUCUAACUAACAAGCUGGCUUUAUCUAACUUACUAAAUACAUGUUAGCUGAUAUUUUCAGACCUCAGCAGUAGUCUAGCCUCAAUCCUAAAAGAAUGGGAAAUGUGAUCACAUUCUGUAUGGAAAGUCAUGCUUGUCAGAGAAUAAGCUACAUACUGGCUUGGGCAUUGACUCUGUGACUUGAACUGGAUUGGCCUUUCACUUUCUUAGGAUGGUGAGUGUGACAAAUCCUAUUUGUUUCUAAAUUCAUAAACUGACAUAAAUGCUCUGGAUGGCAAUGUGUCAACACACCAUUAUGAAAAUGGAUCUCCGUUGAACUAAUCACUGUUGUCUUUUACAGAGAUGCCAGGAUGCAGGCAAAUAUGAGGUAAAUAUUUUGGCCUGGUUAUGGGUUAAUGUAUAAUUGACUCUUAUUUAUUUUAUUAAAUUAAAGGUAACUAUCUUUUAAAUGCAGGCUGUGGUUAUUGAUGGUCAUUUUUCAAUCCUUUUUAGGUCUCUGGAACCAGUCAGAAAGCUGAAGAGGGAUCCUUACAGCAUGUUGUGAAUGAGGUAUGAAUGAAUUUGUCCAGUAAAGCAGAUGGUUUGACAGAUGUAUGUUUUUUUUCAUAUUAUUGCCUUUGGAACAAAGUUGACACAACCAAGAUCAACUGAAAUAUUCAGAUUUGUUUCACAGUUCUGUUAGACGUGGUUUGAACAGACCUUCAUCUAUAAAUGUAGUUGUGCUUUCUUUAUUGCCGUGGACAUCAUCUGAGCAUGUCUAUUGCUUGGCUGUGUUUUUUCACCGUAAGCAAGUAAGUUAAUAUCUGGGGUGGAGAUGGUCCUUGGUGUAAGGGGAAUUAUCCCCAGCUAAAGCUGUCCAAACUGGAUUCAUGUUUCCUCCCAAAUUCUGCAUCACCAUUCUUUCUGUUUUUCUUUUACCACAGACAACCAAAGAGAUGAUAGCCCGCUCCUGUGCCACGAUCGUCACGCACCCCUUCCAUGGUAAGUGUACUGUUUGUGUCUAGCACCUUUUUGUCAUGUCAUCCUUUGCCCUAAAUGUGUGUUCUUGUAGGAUAAUGACUACUGCAUGGAUACUGGGUUCUUAGUUAUUGGAUGGUUAUUUUCUGUUUGUUCCAAAGUGAUCACCUUGAGAUGCAUGGUCCAGUUUAUUGGUAGAGAAACCAAGUACAGGUGAGUUUCUCUUAACCUAAGUUCAAUAUGGGUUUAUACAAUUUAUAGCCAUAUAAUACUGAAUAUUACAAAUGUUUCUUGUUUUCUUGCAGUGGAGUGUUUGAUUCAAUCGUCACUGUCUACAAGAAUGAAGGAGUUCUGGGAUUCUUUGCGUAAGUAUGAUCUGCCUUUGGCUACAUGACCAAUGUUUCAUCAAGGGCAUCCUUUAAUCUUGACCAGCUAAAUUACUAGAAUACAUUUGACCUCAGUAAAUUCAGUCAAUCGUUUUGAAGUUGUUAUUUUUAAAGUAGGUUUAUGCUUGCUCCUGAAUCUUGCAAAUAUAUUGUUAUUUUCUGGAUGCUGUUUCCUCUGGAUGUCUGUACCAUGACCUCUUUUUCCCUGACAUCUUAACCUAACCGACUAAUAGUUGUGCUGUCAUGCAGGGGCCUUAUUCCUCGUCUGCUGGGUGACGUGCUGUCUCUGUGGAUCUGCAACAUGCUUGCCCACCUCAUCAACACAUACGCCAUUGAUGACUCCGUAAGUCAGAUGGAUUUGGGAUUUUGACACUUGUUUAAAGGUCCAGUGCAGCCGUCUUUAUCUCCAUAUCAAAUCAUUUCUGGGUAACAAUUAAGUACCUUAAUGUGAUUUGUUUUCAAUUAUAAUGGUAAAAAAUUAACAAAAAUAGCUUCUUAGCAAAGAGCCUUUUCUCAAGCAACAGUUUUGCUAGGACUGUCUGGGUGUGGUUUGAGUGGGGAGGGGGAAACUGAAACUAUCUGUAAUUGGCAGAGAGGUUUGGAACUCCUUAUUGGUCUGACUAAUUUACCACCUGGUGAUGUCACCAGGCAGGCCAAAACUCCAUCCCACCAAAAGAGGCUGAACAUUCAGGCGGCCUUUUCAAACUGCUCUUCUACUAAAAGGGCAUCAUCAUUUUCACAGUAUUAUUCCAACCUCAUAGUGUGGUAUUCUAUGUAUAUUUUUUUAAACAAGGAAAAUCACGUUUUUGACUGCACUGGGCCUUUAAAGUAGAUGUGGACCUCACAUCAAAAAAAGACCCUGUACUGAAGUACAUUGUAUGUCAGUGUAGAAUGAAUGGGUAAGUGAAUUAUGACAUAAUUUUAUUUUUAAUCCUUUCCUCACAGAUGAGUCACACAGGAGAAAUAAAGAACUGCUCUCAGGCUGUGACCGGGGUAAGUGUAAAACAUUUGUUUAAAUCUAUAGUUUGUCAAUGUAAGGUCAUAACACAGGCAACUAUUAUUACCAUACAGGUAAUAAACAGUCGAUGUCAUUUUUAUUGGGGUCCAGUGUGGCUCAGUUGGUAGAGCAUGGCGCUUGCAACGUCAGGGUUGUGGGUUCAAUUCCCACGGGGGACUAGUACAUAAUAAAAUAAAUGUAUGCACUCACUACUGUAAGUUGCUCUUUAUAAGAACGUCUGCUAAAUGACUAAAAUGUCAAUGUAUCGCUUUGGUUGCUCAUGUUCUGUCAAUUUGUUGGACUGUUUUAGUUCUGUAAUUUAUAUCUCCCUCGUGUUCCAGUUCUUCGCCAGUAUGCUCACAUACCCCUUUGUUUUGGUGUCAAACCUCAUGGCUGUGAAUGACUGCGGGUAAGUUUCUGCAUUUUGAUGUUUUUUUAAUCUUUUGCUUUUAGUUUAUUUACAAAAUGUAGAAAGCUUUGAAAGCUGUCAAGUUGCAAUGCGUGGGUUGGGAUCAGCGGUUUUCAUGACAUUUGAGGAAGCCUUUAUUUCCUAAUUGUUUUGCCUGAAAUAAGUAGUUAUGUGCAGUACAUUUUAUCUUAACCUGCCUUAAGCAAAACAUUACUGGUUUAAAGGCCCAGUGUUUUAUAUGUUUUUCCACAUUGAGGUUGAAAAUUAUAAUGCCCUUUUAGUGUAACAGGUGUUUGAAAAGAACACCUGAAAUUUCAACCUGUUUUGGUGGGAUUGAGUUUUGGCCUGCCUGGCGAUAUCACCAGGUGGUGUAAAUUUAAUAGACCAAUAACACAAAGCGUUUCAAAUAGGUCUGGGCGAUAUAUCGAAUUAAUUAGAAUUAGUUUUUCCAAGAUAUUCCAAAUACCUGCCUGUAUCGCAAGAAUCAAGUUUAUUUGUUGUUUUUAACAGCGUUUAUGUCCGCUUGUUCUCAUCUUGUUGUUUUGGUCUCGUCUCCUUCGAUCCUUCUGUGCUUUGUACACCUUCCCAUUUACACCAGAGAUGCGUAUAUAAUGAUGAGAUGCUCAUGUCUCCGCACCAACAAUGGGAGUCAUUGUCCCACAUGCACGAAGGCAGGUGACAAGCUAAGGUCCAAAAUAAACCCAUAGAAACGCAUUGAGAUUAUUUUUGACAGAUUUUGGCGAGAGUGAAACCUCUCGCUUUGCAACGUCCUCUCUGUUUACACACACACCAAGCCCCUCCCCCUGCCACUCACAACAACAAAGAUGAGAGAUCACUUCUUCCUCUCUGACAAGCGGAUUCAACUCGCUAUUUGCAUUUGAGGUUUGGUCCGACAAAAUCGGUCAUAUGGACACCGAAACAUUAUUUUACUUUAAUAGAGAAGUUAACCUUUUGAACGAUACCCUUUUUAUGUCUCCACUCCUCAAAUUGCGCCCAGAGCAGACUACUAAAAUGGGAAUAUCAAUGAACAUUGAUUCUGGAAAACGUAUGAUCGCGCAGCAUUGCAGUACCGCUAGCAGCAUUUUAGCCAAAGACUGUUAUACUAUCUGUCUAGUCUGUUUUGUGAAUGUGCAGUAAGCAUAAGGUAGCUCACUUGAUUUCAACAUCUGAUCAAAGUGUACAGGCUAGCAUGCUGUUCAAACAGUUGAAGGACAGUAGUAUGUUCACAUCAAUUCAACUGUUCUGCCUUGUUAGCUAGCAAAUAGAUCCAAAUUGGCUAAACUUGAAAUAUGAAGAUUAGCUGGCUACUCACUAGCACGUGGAUUUGAGAGAUUAAGAGACCUGUGUUAAUUUUCUAGAAUGUAUAAUUUCACAAGCCCUGAAUUAAUUAAUUAUUGCUUACUGUUUGAAAUGGUGUAUUUGACCUUUAAUUGUACAACAAAGCUUAUUUUGAUAACUUAUUUAUUUUUAUAAAUUGUUUAACAGCCAUAAGUGUGUAUGUAUGUAUGUAUGUAUGUAUGUAUGUAUGUGUGUAUAUACACUGCUCAAAAAAAUAAAGGGAACACUAAAAUAACACAUCCUAGAUCUGAAUGAAUGAAAUAAUCUUAUUAAAUACUUUUUUUCUUUACAUAGUUGAAUGUGCUGACAACAAAAUCACACACAUUAUCAAUGGAAAUCAAAUUAAUCAACCCAUGGAGGUCUGGAUUUGGAGUCACCCUCAAAAUUAAAGUGGAAAACCACACUACAGGCUGAUCCAACUUUGAUGUAAUGUCCUUAAAACAAGUCAAAGUGAGGCUCAGUAGUGUGUGUGGCCUCCACGUGCCUGUAUGACCUCCCUACAAUGCCUGGGCAUGCUCCUGAUGAGGUGGUGGAUGGUCUCCUGAGGGAUCUCCUCCCAGACCUGGACUAAAGCAUCCGCCAACUCCUGGACAGUCUGUGGUGCAACAUGGCGUUGGUGGAUGCAGCGAGACAUGAUGUCCCAGAUGAGCUCAAUUGGAUUCAGGUCUGGGGAACGGGCGGGCCAGUCCAUAGCAUCAAUGCCUUCCUCUUGCAGGAACUGCUGACACACUCCAGCCACAUGAGGUCUAGCAUUGUCUUGCAUUAGGAGGAACCCAGGGCCAACCGCACCAGCAUAUGGUCUCACAAGGGGUCUGAGGAUCUCAUCUCGGUACCUAAUGGCAGUCAGGCUACCUCUGGCGAGCACAUGGAGGGCUGUGCGGCCCCCCAAAGAAAUGCCACCCCACACCAUGACUGACCCACUGCCAAACCGGUCAUGCUGGAGGAUGUUGCAGGCAGCAGAACGUUCUCCACGGCGUCUCCAGACUCUGUCACGUCUGUCACGUGCUCAGUGUGAACCUGCUUUCAUCUGUGAAGAGCACAGGGCGCCAGUGGCGAAUUUGCCAAUCUUGGUGUUCUCUGGCAAAUGCCAAACGUCCUGCACGGUGUUGGGCUGUAAGCACAACCCCCACCUGUGGACGUCGGGCCCUCAUACCACCCUCAUGGAGUCUGUUUCUGACCGUUUGAGCAGACACAUGCACAUUUGUGGCCUGCUGGAGGUCAUUUUGCAGGGCUCUGGCAGUGCUCCUUCUGCUCCUUGCACAAAGGCGGAGGUAGCAGUCCUGCUGCUGGGUUGUUGCCCUCCUACGGCCUCCUCCACGUCUCCUGAUGUACUGGUCUGUCUCCUGGUAGCGCCUCCAUGCUCUGGACACUACGCUGACAGACACAGCAAACCUUCUUGCCACAGCUCGCAUUGAUGUGCCAUCCUGGGUGAGCUGCACUACCUGAGCCACUUGUGUGGGUUGUAGACUCCGUCUCAUGCUACCACUAGAGUGAAAGCACCGCCAGCAUUCAAAAGUGACCAAAACAUCAGCCAGGAAGCAUAGGAACUGAGAAGUGGUCUGUGGUCACCACCUGCAAAACGCCUAUAAUUUCCACCUGUUGUCUAUCCCAUUUGCACAACAGCAUGUGAAAUGUAUUGUCAAUCAGUGUUGCUUCCUAAGUGGACAGUUUGAUUUCACAGAAGUGUGAUUGACUUGGAGUUACAUUGUGUUGUUUAAGUGUUCCCUUUAUUCUUUUGAGCAGUAUAUAUAUAUAUAUAUAUAUAUAUAAAAACAUUUUUUUUUUAAAUAGGAAUGAUUUUUAGGCCAUAUCGCUCAUCCCUAGUUUCAAACCUCUCUGCCAAUGACGUCUAGUUUUCAGGUUACAUAUCCCUCGUCCAAAUUGGUCCCUCACUCUGACCACUGACAGCAAUGGCAAAAUUCUUGCUUGAGACCAUUGACCAUUUUAAUUAAAAACAAUCACAGUAAGAUACUUGUUACUCAGAAAUUAUUUGAUAGAAUAAAUGGCUGCAUUGGACCUUUUAAAGUUUCCCUGUAGUGAGUGGUUUAUGUCUAAGGCUGGCUUUCCACCUAAGCACUCCUGUCUUUUACAGGCUGGCUGGCGGCCUCCCUCCCUAUGCUUCAAUAUAUCCAACCUGGGUGGACUGCUGGAGGCACCUGAGCCUAGAGGUAGAUGGCUGCUUUCAAAACGUUAAUGCUACACAAAAACACAGGUGUAACAGACACAGCUUGCCACCAGGAUAAGAUCCUUGGUUAUUCACAUUGGUUAACAAGUGUUUCAACAUUUUCUAAAUUGGUGAAAUAUUAUGGAUAAUGAAUGUGCCAUUUAAGAUGUUCCUGUUUUGUCUUUGUAUUCCAUCUCUAUUUAUAGGGAAACAUGAGCAGAGGCAACAGUUUAUUUUUCCGGAAGCUGCCUGUGGGGAAGACUUAUGCAAUCGACCAGAAGAGAUUUUUUUAAGUCGAACUACCUGCAUAGAAUCACAUUGUAAUAAAUUGACAUUGCCUGAAUGGGGGUAGAUCGCUGGCAUCUAAUCCUUUGUAUGCACUUGUUUACGAUGAUACUUUUUUUUUUUUAACAACCUGUCUGCCAUCAAGUAAAGAUAAAACUGCAUUGUUUUACAGCAAUGUGCUGCUUUAUUUUAAUAUAAAACUCUUCUGCAGGAUAAUUAAAAUGGAGCCGUUUCACCUAAAUCCAGGAACAAACAAGAUUGCAAUAGUGCCCAUUUCACCUCUUUCUGUGAUGGCAGACUGAAUCAUGUCACCUAUUGCCAAUAUAUACAAACUUUCAGAAUACCCUGUAUAUCUGGCUGGCAUUGUGUAGAGUGGAGGCUCUCCCCGUGAUCUCCUUGUUGAUACGAGUUUAAGAUGGCAGUUUUCAGCGAAAAUCUGCAUGUAAUGUUUAAUUCAGAAGUUAUUGGGACCCUGUGUCAAUGUGUUGUAUUGAUGUGUAUGAUCAUUCUACAACUUCAAAGGGUCCAUGUGAUAAGAAAUUGAUAUGUGCUGUUAAGGUAAAAUGGGGCCACACUGAGCUAUGGAAAGUAGUUUGAGUUGACAAAUGUCUAUCGCCUUGUCGACGCAGUCAGGUGCUUGUAUUAACUCAUUUUGACUGAUCCCAAUAAAGAUGCUUUUGACUUCUUGCUUUCUCUUAUAGCAUUGGGUUUUAUAAGCAUUUUAGUUUGCGGAUGUGUGUAGCUGUCCCCUAAAACCUUGAUUCAAAACGAGUCAUUUCAGUCAAGUUACACCCUGAUCUGAAAAUGAAUCUUUGCUACACAAACCGAAUAGAAUGACAAUAGGCGA